CUCCCUAUUCAUCUUUGUUACUCAUCUCAGUCUGGUCCAGUCCGGUCUUUUGCACCAUCCACCAUUACGUGAAUGUAGUUUAUGGUGAAGAUUUUACUCUAAAUCCUACGAAUCAAGAAACAACAUAUACAAUUUUUAAAAGAUUAACUGAAAAACUGCACGCAUGUGACAACAUUAGGACUUGAUUAGGAAGUCGUCAUUUUCUAUUUUUUCCAUUUGGUGACUGGCUAUGGCAUCUACGUGCAUGAUUUUACGGCGAGGUAUCUCAACAACAUGCGUUUGUAAUGGUGCUCGUAAUUUUCGCAAAUUUCUAAUUUACAACAAACGCGGUUCCCGUCUUUUCAAGAAAAAACAACACGAGAAACCAGAUCCAGAUGUGCCUAUUGAUCGUCGAGGUGUUAAGCCUACUGGUUAUCGGGAGGGAAACUGCUUUGUUAAUGUACCUGAAAUGAUACCAGAACUUAUUGUACCAUCUCUGGCAGAUUUUAACUUAAAGCCAUAUGUCUCCUAUCGUGCAGAACGACGUGAAGAGGUUCCAUUUACACCUUAUGACCUAUUCAAAGUUGUAUAUGGUCCUAAAAUUUUAAGUGAUUAUGAGAAUGGGAAAUUGGAUUUGGAUGGCCAGCCAUUGGAGCCAAGUGAAGAAGAGAAGCUUACACCGAGUGAAGCUAAAGCUCGUGCUGGUAGUACUGGCUGUGACAUUUUUACCACUGAUCGUCCGAAGGAGGAACGAAUCACUGAAACCCAAAAACUUAUAGCAGUUUCAAUGAAAUAGGUACUUUCACAUCAUUACAUGAUUCAAAUAAAGUUCUAUAAUAUUAUUAUAUAUUAAUGCGGAUAAAUGAGUAGUAUUCAAUCAUAAUUUGUAUAUGCUUUAUUUAAUACACUCUACGCGCGCUUGUAUAUUA